AUGACGUCUUAUCUGGCUACGGCGGCGGAGUGGACGGAUCCUUCACUCAACGCACAGUCAUCCCCCACGCUGUUGGUUGCGCUUGCAUGGAGUUCCUCACAGAUCAUGAACCGUAUUUACACACUUGAGCGGGAGUCGUAUCAGCAACAGAGAGAACAGCAGGAGCGGGAAAAAGAAAGGGGAGAGCGGGGGGUGAUGGUUAAAGCGCGAAGUGGCUAUCCUUCACUGAAGGUACUGUUUCAAUUACCUUUAACGACAAAGGUGGAUAUUGGGGUGGAAGAGGUAUACCCAGCAAAACAAGAUCCAUUAUGUUGUCCGGAUGUGAUUAACAAGAUGGCAAACUCUCAAAUGCUUGGCACAGAGACAUAUACGGCUAUUAAUGAAGUGGUAAACCUUGCAAAUCAAUGCCUGUUAGAAGCCCGUACCCUCUUGCACAGUACAUCAACUUUAGGAGGUGAUUGUAUCUCAGCAGUGAAUCUAGCUAGUGAUGACCCGGAUGGGGGUGCUCAGAACUCUUCUUCUAGUGGUAUAGAUACAAGCAGAACUACUAUAAGUAUGCAUUGUUGUGAGUUUCAUGCUUCUUCAGGAAAUAUAGAGUGUUUUAGACGUCAUGCAGGUGUUGUUUAUAGCAGUGAAGAUGGUACAGGUAUUCAUAGUGGUGAUGCUCGUCAACGUAUUGGUCUCCACAGCAGAAGAAGUAAUGUUGGGAAACUUCAAUAUGCACAGACGAUUCUUCGUUAUAUUACUGGAACUGCCUUUUCAUGUCCUUGUAAACCAUUAGCAAAGGCUCUUCAGUUUGUUAUUGCACGGCAAUUAGAACAAUCCCCACGAUUUUUUGAAUCCUGUGGCAGUAUCCUAAAAUGUUUCUCACCUGUUGAUGAUACUAUUACCUUAGUUACAUCUACAGUUACAAAAAGAACAAGGAUAGGAGAAAAAAAUGUAGAAAAAGAAGCAAAAGAUGAUAAUGAUAAUAAUAAUAAUAAUAAUAAUAAUAAUAAUAAUAAUGAUAAUGAUGGAGAAGAAGAGGGAGUGGAAGAUACAAAUAAGAAAGAAAAGAAUAUAGUAGAAACUUAUCUUUACGUUGUAAAUGGAGUUCCUGUGACCUCUACCUUGACAGAAGCUCUGUCAUCUCAUAAUUUAUCUACCCCAACAGUAGAGACAAAGUGGUAUAUAUAUCCCUCACAAGCAUCUGCAUUACCAAGUCUUGUACGUUUACUCUCUGGAGAACCAUGUGAGGAGUUACAUGUAUUAGAGGAACUUGAAUACGCAGAAGAACCACCAGCAUCACCUGUACCAAUUAUGCCACUUAGUCGUCGACGCGGUGGUGGUCUUUCACGUAAUCGAAUGUCCCGUAGUAGUAGUACUGUAGAAAAGGAACAAUCAGGAGUAGAUGAAAGUACAGGAGAUGAUGCAGGAGAACAACCUUCAUUAUGGGAUGCUCUUUGUAAUAAUACGUUAAUCAUCUCUCGCUCAGUUUCUGCUGUUCGACUAGAUAUGCUAUAUCACAUUUUUAUGGAUAUGGGGGAAAUUCCACAUUAUUAUAAUAUUCUUUCCCUUUGUCCAGAACUCCUUCAGGCUCAUCAUAAAGCGUUUCAUUAUAUAUUUUUUGAAGAAGGUCCACUACCUAUUUGUGAACGUUUAAUGGUAGCUAUUAUGGUAGCCAGUCGCCAAAAAUGUGAAUACCUUUUUUGUCGUUUUGCAGCUUUACUUGUGCGUUUUGCAGAAAAAUUGCAUUCCACGGAUACUGCAGCCGAUUCUUGGUUAUUACAAGGUCCACCACCAAAGUUACAGGCACUUCAACGAUUUAUAGCUAUAGCAACACAUAUUCCUUGGCAAAUGACGGUGGAUGAAAUUCGUGCUACUGAAAACGCUGGGUGGAGUAUACCUGGACUUAUUCAGGUUUCAUGUAUUGUGGCAGAAACACUCUCACUCUGUAGUUUUGUUAUGGGAUUAUUUGUUCCAAAUGAGAUGUGGACAUGCAUAACACUUCCUGACUCAAUAGUAAAAUCUCUCUCCUCUUGCCCUAGAAUGGGUGGUGAACACACCCACCAAAGUGGGAUAGACUUUACACGAUAUACAGGCGUGGAUGAUAUAGUAACAGAAAACCGUAUUAAAGGUUCUUCUGGUAAUGCUUUUGUAUUGUGGAGUGGUACCUUUAGCUGGCAAGAACAUGGUGAUACAUUUAUGGAACAAUACUAUCCAGGGGCGGCAGCACUUAUUAAUACGGAACUAGAUGCUUUUUCUGUCGUACUUCGUCAGUUAAAUCAUUCUGAUUGUGUUGGAUUUACGACUCCUGAGUAUUCACCAUUGUAUGCCUUUGGACUUCUUAGAUUAUAUGUCCAAAAUAUAAUUGGUUUUAUGGCUGAUGAUUACCCAUACUCUAGUAUCAACAAAGUACUUCGUCGUCCUGCUAAGUUGAUUGCCCAAAGCUGUACAAUGCGCCCUGAAACUAUGUCAUCUUCUCAAAUACGUCUUUGGGUUCAAGUAGGUGCGGAAUCUGUUGGAACUUCUGGUGAUGUAAAGUCGCCACGACAGACCACAGGAGAGAGUGUAGAAAAACAACAACAACAACAACAACAACCACCACAACAACAACAUCAGGUUGACCAAGGCAUAAAAGAGCAGAAGCAACAAUUGAUUGAAUCACUCACUUCUCAUCGAGCUCCAUUUAAAUUAACCAUUCCCGGUGGUUUUUCUAAGCGACGUGAAGAACCCCAAGAGGAUGUUGUAGAAACAGCAUUACAUCUUCAUGAAGAACGGUUGAUAUUUCUUCUUGUACUAUCUACAAUGGAAGCACGUAAAGAAGGAUUAUUGGCUCUUCUUCUUCAUCCGAUGUGGGUGUUGCUAAACAACAUGUAA